AAUCACACCAAGAAUGCUUCGCUUUACUUUGAUGUCAACUGGAGUUGAGUGUUCUUUCUUUCUUUGUACCUUCCCUAUUAGGGACAAAUGUAGGGAAAGCAGCGCAAAGGGCUCGACAGGGCGGAAUACGAAGCGGUGGAUGAAAAUGCUCGUUCAGGUCGAAUCAGCAUGCGUCUUGACCUCUUGUGAUGCAGCGGAACUAACGUAACUAAUUCAUGAGCGAGACUUUGUUAUGUAUUCGUCCUGGAUACUUUCUAGCGCGUCUGAACAAAGUGUUCCGUGAUAAACGCCGUCUAGCUUGUAACGAAUGGCGAUAAGCGUAACAAACCACCUUUUGGCUAGCGUGUUGGUGUUUUGGUCACCCGUCAUUUCUAACGUGCAAAACCGUACGGACCCAGCAGAUUACGGCAAACCUUGUAACAAAUCCGAACACUGCAGCUCGCUUGGACCCGAGUUUUGGUGCCACCCUGAACACCGCAACUGCACCUGCAAAGGAGCUUUGCUUUGGUUCGUCAGCCUGCAUCGGUGCACUGAAGCAGUGGCUCUGAGAGAAGAAUGUGAAGCAUCUGAACAGUGCAUAGCCUAUGAUCUGCAUAGCUACUGUGGCGAAUUUGGUCGUUCCCAGCUGCCACCCAAGAUAUGUCAGUGCCAGUUUGGCUUCAACAUGAAGAACCUAAACAACCAGGCCCGGUGCAUUGAAAUUCCAAAUGCAUUUGGGACACCCCUGUUUGACAGCCGGGACACUGUGCCCAUUGUGAUGGGCUGCCUGGCAGCAGGCCUUGCCCUGGUUGCUUGCUGUGCUGGUAUAGUCCAGUUGCUCAGAAUUAAACAGCGCUCAGUGCCAUUCCGGACAGGCGAACCCCAGGACCCCCAUGAGUCGGUGGUGCUCAGUCUGAAUCAGAUGCUGCAACCAUAUGCAGACAUGAUCCCUUUCCGUGUUCCUACCUGCAAUGGGACAUCUCCAGCUGUUCCCUAUGCCAGUGGCUUCUAUCAGGCCAGCACGACGAUUGUUGAGGACAUGCCGCCCACUUAUGAGGAAGCAGUGAAAGAUGCUGCACAAAUCUUGCCACCGCCAUCAUACAUGGAGCGCAAGCCUGAUGAAUAGAAGUCGCAUUCUUCACAGAGAAGACUGCCUGCUCACCAGCAUCUUGUGAGGUGCUACCAGAAAACUGUUGCUGCAUAAUUGCAGGACUCCUGUAAACCAGUGCACACUGUGAAGCAUGAUGCUUCUUCGGCCAUACAUCAUGGGCUUUGUAGUGUCACAAAACAUCUAUACAAUUUCAGGAGCUGCUGUCAGACAUCAUAAUUACAUGGCCUGCCCCCACUUGGAAGUAUUUGCACAAAUGUCAGAGCUUUAUUCUUUUGAUGUGUUCAAUGGGGCCCUGAAACACUUUGAAACCUAAGCUGACUGAGUGUGAAGCUUUUCAGGAAAUAUAUUCCCCCGCUCCCCUGAAUUUUUGAAAAGUACCUAUUAUGAAUGCAGAAAUAACCCCAUUUUCCCUCAACUGUUUAAGAUAAAUUAGUGCAAUAGAUAGGAGAGAGAGGAAGGUGAAACAUUGGGAGCACCAGCUUGCAACUAAGCAUACAGUGGAAAACCCUUGCAUUGGCAAACAGUAACGCACGGGUUCAUCAAGCCUUUUUGCACAACUCUUUUUCUUUUGUUAGUGUUACUUUUGUAAACAAAGUAUUUAUUCACAGUACAGUAGCAGAGCUGUAUACAUAGUAGAUACAAUGAAGAGAAUACAUGGUAAAAUGUGCCAAGUCCCACUCUCAAGAUUGAGGCACAUAGUUCAUGCUAUCACUGUCAGUACAUCCCCCCAACGCUUACACAUAACUUUCCCUUGACGUUCAAACGAUUCAGAUAUCAGCGAAACCUCUGUGGUCGAUUGUCUGUGGCGGGCUGGUACUGCUUCUGCUGCAUUCUGCACUGGUUCCUCCAACUGCCAGUCGGGAAGGAAUUCCUGUGGUGGGUCUGCAUUUGACUCUACUGAGCAGCUUACUAGAUCUGCAGUCUGCCUCCGGUUUAACUUGUCAAGAUGGCACCUGAAUAACCCUUUCCCAGUUUUCACCUUCACUGGCUGGUUUCCUUCCAGCUCAACAACCUCUUCUGGUACCCAACAUUCGUCAGUUCCAAAGUUCCUACAGAAAACUUGCUCGGGCACUUGGUAGCCACUUCUCUGAUGUCUGUGCUUCUGGUGCACUCAUGGCAAAAUCUAGCUUGGUUGUGAACGACAGCAAAAGCUCUUCUGGGGAUUGUCCUUUGUCGUAAUUGUGUUCUGCAGUGGAGGUGCAGCCACCUGGUCUAUCUUGUGGUCCGGCUGUCAUACACUUUAGCCGCUCUUUCACGAAGCGCACAGCUAUUUCAGCCAAACCAUUUGACUCUGGCUUGUAAGGUGUCAUGCGAGCGUGUUGAAUGCUAUGUGCAAUGUCUUGGAUUUCCACUCUAGUGAAUGACGUCCCAUCGUUUGUCACAAGCAUACAGGUUGCCCAGAACACUGUUCGCAAGUGUUCUGUGUUGCUGCUGCAGUAGCUGAUGGGUAAUGUUGCGACAAGUAAUGGAAGUACUUGCAAUGUGAAAUGGACACUGUUUAUUAAUUGCACAGGCAACACAUCAUGUACAAUACUGCAGCAAAUAAUGCAGCUAUUCACAAACACGUAAUGGACCCUAUUUAUUGGCAUGCACAAGUAACGCAUCAAAAGGCCCUCUAUAUGUCGCUCUUGCUAGCUCGUCAAUUUGUGGCAUGAUUGCACUUAAACAUAGGUACAUGUUUGCACUGACGUUCAGCCAGUUGUGAUAAUUGCUUUUCAAUAAGCAAGUCUUAGAAAUGCAUGUUCACAUGCACAUGUUGUCAAAAAUUGUAACAACAGUCUUGCAGCAUUGGUGUAUUUUGGGCAUGUUGGUACUUGGAUUUCAUUGUUAGCAUCAGCAGACGAGGAUAGAAGGGAGACAGUACAGCACAUUCUGCUGUCAACGUCUUCCCUCUGUUCUCAUCCACUGGUGCUAAAAAUGUUAUCCCAACCUACUUAUAGAGCAGAGGGAAAAUCUCUGCUGUCUCCGACCAAACUGCUUCAUUGUCCACGGUGGCUAACUUUGCUUUCACAACAGCAUUUUUUAGAGGCUCCAUCAUUUUCGGAAUCAACGCCUUCAUAAGUGAAGCAAGUUGUACACCUGCCUGGAAAGGGGCCACAAGCCAUGUGUCUGGUGCACACUCCAGAAAGUAACUCAUUAGGUGACUUUUGGGUGUGCCCAAAUGUGUCAUUAUUGUCUCUUUGUCAGCUACAGAUACUGUUGCAGAUGUUGCAACAUCACUGAGAAACCUAAACAGAGAAUAAUAAUUUCUUCCCACCUGACUCAGCCAGCCUUGAAUUUUCCUACAGAAGCCCCUCACUUUGUCACUAGAUGACACAACAUUACUUUCAACCCCUUGCAUACUGAAGUUUAGGUGAUUGAGCUGCUCAAACAUGUCGCACAGCUAGGCAAGCUUAGCGAGGAGUGAAAGGUCUUUGAAAGGCUUUUACAGCCCCUUGUCUUCUGCUAGAAAAAUUAUCACUUCCUCUUGGAGCUCAAAAAUCUUGACCAGCACUUUUCUGUACAGCAGCCAACACACCUCCGUGUGUAGGAGCUGGUGUUCUGCACCCAUUUAUUUGCAAAGCAUUUUGAAAAGGCGACUGGCCUUGGGCCUUGCUUUGAUGCUGUUCACAACUUCGACAACAUGCUGCAUCAUGCUAGCUAGCUCAUGGCUCAGCUCCUUUGAUGCCAAAGACUCCCUGCGAAGCAUGCAAUGUAUAAAUACGAUGGAACUGCUCCCUUGCCUGACAAGGCCUAGCAAAUCUGCCAACCAUUGCACCGGCACCAUCAGUGCACGAUUCCCACAUCCAAACCAAGUCAUGCAGGACAAAAAAACUGGUAAUAGUAUUUAAGAAGUCUUGGAACUUUUGCUGUUGUUUUGAGCUCUUUGCAUAAAAACAACCCUUGGGCGAUGACCAAGUUAUCCACAGAACACACAAACAUGACAAGCAGUGGUCUGUGAGACACAUCGCAGCUCUCAUUCAUGGCAAGAGAAAACUUCCCACCGGAUUUCAGUUUCUCGCUUAUCUGACUUUGCACAUCAGAUACCACUUCUCUCACUCUUCGUGUAGCCGUGUCAUGUUAUUUUUCCCAAUUUUCUCACGUGCUCGUUCCAGAUGAGCACAAUGUGGCCCUUGCUGGACGGGUACUCAAGAUUAUUACGAAAGAAAAAAGACCAUCAGAAAACUACGUCUGCAUGCCUACACGUGCACACAAUCAGAAAUACAGUCACAAAUGAUGUGGUAGAUAUGGUCCGGAAAGGAAAUUCCAUUCGGAAAUGGUGCACCGAAAGAAGGAAAAUUUACACGUGUCUGUCCUGGCUAAUAAGGUGUUAUUGAAUCAGGGUGAUGGUGCCGUGCAGGUAUGGUGCACAGGGUGGAUGGUGAAGGGUCGAGGGCUAAUUUGUGGUUGACUAGAUGAUGUAGAAAGUCUAGGUGGUAUUUGUGUCUUCUUAGUUCUAGAGAGGGAAUGUUGUUAGCCAGCAUUAAUUCUGACGAGGAGUCGGAACAUUUGCACUUAGAAUAAAUAAAACGUACACACUUUCUCAGGAUCAAGUUUGUUAAUGUUGAGUUUAGCAUGCAGGUGCCAUGUAAUGCAAGCAUAUUAUAGUUUUGGCUAAAUAAAAGUUAGGUAACUGAGUAGCUUAACGUUGGAAGGAGAAUUUCUAAGUUUGUGUCGCAGGAAACCUAGUUUGCGGAAAGCACAAGAACAUAUGUUGUCAAUGCGUAGGUUUCAAGAAAGGUUGUUAGUGAAUGUUACGCCAAGGUACUUAUAACUGUCAACUUGCUUUAGUGACCCCAUUUUGUUUGCGUACUCCAGUGGAUCUGUUUUUCAUGUGUUAUGCCAAGGCAAACAGUCUUGUCUGUGUUGGCAGCCGUGCCCCAUUCUUUGCACCACAUCAACAUCUUAUUCAAGCAUAAAUCUAGUUCUCUCUGACCUUCCAACAAGUAAUUACACAAAAUACAACACAGUCAUCUUUGAACAAUCUUAUUUGUGUUCCAGGCGAGGUAACAGUGUCAUUAAUAUAUAAAAAAAAAUGGCUGUGGCUUAGCUAAGGUUAAGCCCAGGAUGCGAAGCAUACUAGACUUUAUUUUAGUUGUUGAACCAUUGUUUAGCCUGGUGAACUGCUGUUGCUUGGCUAUAUUUGGUUCGGCUAGUAGAAGAAACAACUCAUGCGUUACUCUGCUUCGCCUUCAAGAGUGGAACGUGACAGCGUUCCCGUCGACCCGCCAAGGGGCGUAAGACAAUGGGGUACGGCGCAGCGACUACGCGCCCUGCAUUGGACGCGGUGAGCGUCGAGCAACGCAGCGUUCGGCGCGGCAACGAAAUGUGCGCCUGAGCAAGCGACGCACAAACAGCUCGUUUCUAAGGCAACACCACAUUCACUAGAGGCGCUUUUGUACCGCUUCGAAGCAUCGUACUCGUGGCUCAGUGGUAGCGUCUCCAUCUCACACUCCGGAGACCCUGGUUCGAUUCCCACCCAGCCCAUCUUGCAAGAGUUGAGCCAAAGCCACCUAGAAAGCUCUAGUAAUAUGCUUCGCAUAAAAGCGCAGCUGCUUAUAUACCGCCGCGACGCCGCGAGCGACGGCGCGAGUUGGAGCCCCGUUUCUCCUCUGUGGUGACGUCACGGUGUCACGUGGUAUUGAAGGCGACACCGCCGCGCCUGAGGAGCUGGGUUGAGCUCUAGUAAUAUGCUUCGCAUAAAAAACAGCAGUGGCUCCAGGGCACUGCCCUGGGGAACACCUGAUGUAACCGGUAAAUAGCCCUAAUCGUUCCUAUCGACUGAAACAUAUUGUUCACUGUUAGCCAGAUAUUGUGCAAGAAGUUAUGAUAUCUAGAAGAUCAAUGUUUCUUAAUUUUAUAAUUAGUUUUUUAUGAAUGAACCUAUCAAACGCUUUGCUCAAGUCCAAAAAGGGAGCAUCAAUUUUACCGUUAAGGUAUUUGCAAAUGUAUCAAUUAGUGUAAUUAAUUGUGUGACAGCGGAACAGCCUUUUCUGAAGCCAUGUUGACAACUUGUUAGUAUCUAAUUUUCUUCUUUGAAUUCAUUAAUGCGAGUUGCUAUAAUGUGCUUGAAAAGCUUGCAGCAUGGUGAUGUUAAUGAUAUGGCGCGAUAAUUCUCCAGCAAUAAGCGAUCGCCUUUCUCAAAAACGGAAACUCAUGUUGUCUUGCAAUCUUUAGGCAUUCUUGUACAUCACAAAGAAACUCUAAAUAGUACAACUAAAAACUUGGCAACAAUUUCAGCUUAGCGCCUAAGAAAGAUGUCUGGAAGGUUGUCUGGGCCAGCAGAUGUCUUGGUUGUUAAAUUUAAUAGCAUACACACAGCUCCAUGAGAAGACAUGAAAUUUGCCUCAUGCGGUUGCAACACUGUAGAAUUCAGAGCUCAACCUGAACUUGCGCAGAAAAAUACACUAUGAAAAUAGUUUUAAAGUGUUGUUCAAUUGCACUCGAGUCCCUAACAAUGGUUACCAAUAGGGAUUUUAGUAACAGGCUUCUUUCUACCACCUAGGUAUCCCAAAACUUAGCCGGUGUGUUCUUUAUAAAGUUUGGCAACACUGUAUUAAAGUAGAAAUGUUUUGAGUCAUGUACAGCACACAUCUGUUUGUUUUGUAGUUGAGUGAUAAGUCUCUUACUUGGGUGUUUUUUCUUCAUUCAUAUUAUUUUUUGCUUUAGUUGAAUUAUACUGUGCGUUAUCCAAGGCCUGCUCUUGUUGACUUUCUUAGUUUUAGUAGAUGCGAAUGUGUUAAUGCGAUGCCUGCACAUUUCAAUAACAGUUCACCACAGUGCGCACACAUCACCAUCGCUAUCUGUGCAAUCCAUAAAACAAGAUUCCAUGUAGUCAACCACGCUAGCAUCAUUUGCUCUGGAGUAAUCUUCAAAGGACAUGGUUUUAGCAGUUUUAACAGCUGUAGGCUUAGCAAUAGGCAAAGAAACCGCAACAAGAUAAUAGUCUGAUAGACCAUCUUCAGUUGACAUGAUAUUCUUAGAAAAUGCGUGAUUUAAAAAUACAAGGUCUAAUAUAGAAUAUGAUGACUCUUGUACAUCAGUGGGUUUAUUAACCACUUGAAUUAGACCAUGUGUCAGCAUAAUGUCAGAAAUAAUGUUAGCAAUUACAUGAGACUUUUUGUUUACCUCGAAGAGUUCCUAAUGGAUACCAGGCAGGUUCAAAUCGCUGAACAAAAAAAUUUAUUUUAAUAAGCAGUCGCGUGUUCUUGUAGUUUAACCAAGUAAUGUGGUGUAGCGUCAGGUGGUCUGCAACAUCCGUACAGCACAAAGCAAUGGUCCCAACUUUAUAAUCUGACACAUAAGCACUCCAAAUUGGGAAUUUCCGUCAAUAAGUCUUGCUUCGCACUGGUCUUUUCCUAGAAUGGCUACACCCCCGGCUCUGUGCAUUUGAUCCUUACGAAACACUUCAUAAUGGGGAGGACAUACUAGCUCAUUUGUUAUCUCGUUACACAGCCAGAUUUCUGUUAUGAUCGCAAAGUCUGGGUCAUGCUGUAGCAACUGAAUUUCUAGGGAAUCUGUUUUGUUUACUACACUGCGAGCAUUAAAAUUGACAAUACGCAACUGCUUUCCUUUGGGGGAAGUUAUAUUGCCAUGGCAUAAAGGGCCGUAUGUUUCUAAAUAUAGAAGCUCUGGAGUAGUGCUAGAUACUGGCAAUUCAGGCGCCUAUUUCUGCACUUGCGCAUGAACUUCCUUUGUGCAAGGCAAUAUUAGCACCUCGCAGAUGGUGUGAGGCUUCAUCUGUUCGGCUACGUGAUAGCUAAUGAUGUAGCCUGCUUUUACUGCCUCUGAAAGGUUCGCCAGGCAGAACAAAAAGAAAUUUCAUACAGUAAAAUCGACAACGAUGGCUUGGGUCAAAUGUGGCAACAUGAAAUAAAAGCGUCUGCAGGCAUGUUGAUAACGACACAUGACAUAGGUACAGAUAAUACGUAAUGCACUAAUGCAGCAAGAUGGUCAGUGAAAUAAUGUUACAGUUCUGCACCUCCUAAGGUGCUGACUGUCACAAUUGCAGCAUGCGGGAGACUAGUAGACGUGUUGCUGCCAAUCGACGAAUAAAGCAAGGUUAAUCGACGGCCUUUUUUUAAACCGGCUAACGAUGUGGUGUUAGUUUUUAUUUAUUUAUUUAUACACAUACGUCACCGGCUCCAGCUGAAGUAUUGAAUGAGGGGAGUAAGAAGAAGCGUCAUGUAGCUCGAACAAGUGAGCAUAACAACCACAACAAAUCGAACAACUGAAAAAAAAAACCUGCUAUGGUUAUCCAGUUUCGGUGACUCCAGAUUCUGUUUCUUAACUUCGAAGCAGUCGAGGUCUUUGUCUUGAUAGGAUGGGUACUUCGGUGGGUACUCGUAGCUUCAACAUUGUGAUGGCACAUAACGUGCAUCACGCCAGAUGCAAGAUUGUCAACACGGACAUUGUCAAUGCUACCAAGGGGAAAGGUUCUUGAUAUGUGCAGAGUGCCGUAUGGCCAUUCGGUAUGGUGUCUUCGUAGCUGCAGUAGCAAUGAUGAUACAGCUUCCCCUUUGAUUAGCAUGGUGGCAUGCACUAUCUUGCGUAGCACUGAGAAAUGUGCGACGGAACGUACUCUCUACUCCUGAGUUCGAUGCGGGUGCAAUUCGUGGUGAGCGCACACGUCUGUGCGAGGGCUUUGCAUAUUCCAGGAAUGUUUUCAUGGACGCUUAUUUGAGAACCACUGCUUUACACAAUCCAACCAGUGGCUCAUGAUCAGUUUUCAGAAUGUUGAUCAAGUUCAUGGAUGGCUCAUUGGCCUGAAGGGAUACGGGGGAUAGGAGUGGGUCAGCUGUUGAGAGGUGCUCUGCUCUACACAAUUCGGACUCCACUGCAAAGAUGUAGAGGGUUCGCAGAAUGCUGCCAGUCAACGGACAGGUCCACUCUUUAUAGCUAGCCACUUGGCCUCGGUGCUUUCACUGGAGGGCCUCAAACUCUGAGCAAUCUCAUAAUAGGUGUCAAACUGUUCGUGCAGACGUCAUGCAGAAGUAAGCCACAGCAUCUUCUGAUAAUUCUUUUUUUUUUCUAUGUGCACGCCAGUACGCCAGUGCAUCCGGAGUUAGUGCCACGCCAGUGCGGGCCUUGUGUACUUGCACUUGAAAAGCUCUAGGCAGGCCUGCGGGCAGUGGGUCGUCCUUUGGUGUGUAGCAUGUCAGGAGCUUGUGGAAAUCCCGACAUCUCCUUUAUUGUUCAAAGCAGCUGUCCACUGCAUUGCUGUCAUGGGGCACGAAAGUUACCAUGCCACUGCGGCGGUUGGAAGCUAAGAUCUUGCUCGCAGCGCUGUGCAUCGCUUCGUUGCCCAGUACACCACAGUGGCCGGGGACUCAUGCCACACAUGUAUCAACGCCAUGAGCCGUGCACAACCAUCUCCUGGGCUCUGCAAUUAUUGUGCUAAUGAGGUCAUUGAGAGGUCCAUGUAACACAUGCACCACCACCUGGCUGUCCAUGUAGAUAUUGAUCUGUGCACUGAUGUCUGGGGCUUUCUCAAGGGCACAAUUCAGGGUAUGGUGGAUAGCUAGUAGUUGAGGCGUCAAGGCCUUCUUGGUCACCAAACUCAUAUUCCUGGGUGCAGUUUGAUUCCAACUCAAUGCAGUGAAGGCCAACUGCGUUUCGUGUGCUGUCGGGUGUGGUGUGAAAAGCCGCAUCUGUGUAAAUGUGACAGGAUUUCGACUGAGCAAGGCUCUCCACAUGUCAGUUUGCGUAAUGCUGUCUGCGCUCAGGGUGGCAAUGGGGAUUCAUGCGCCUUGGUUGAAGUCGUGAGUUGACCAGUUGCGAGCACAUUUGCCAUGGCGGCGUCAGAAGGGCAGGUUCUAGCUGCUGGUUCGGUGUAAAAUAUCUUCCUAACUAGUAGUCUCUGAACUUGGGGACCGCAAAAACAAGUGAUAAGGCUUCACGUUCAAGUUGACAGUAGUUCUCCGACUGUGUCCUGGAACGAAAGGCAGUUGGCCAUUCCACCCAAUCAAUGAUGUGGGAGAGUAUGGCUCCGACUCCUGCUGGUGAUGAGUCACAUUCCAAAAUGACUUUUUUCUUUGGGUCUUAGUGUGCCAGGAGAUUCAAACUUUCUAGCAAUUACUUGACUGUUCUGAAUUGAUUCCUUUCUUCUUUGCCCCACCUCCAUUUUGAAUCCUUGCUUAAAGGUCGUGUAAUGGGGAAAGUAUAACAAGGCUGAUUCUUGGGCUAGUUAGUACGGUUUACUCAUAAUGGCAAGGCCUUUAGCGCAAUACAAAAAGACAGGGACGUGACAGAGGCACAGAACAGCACUGUGUAGCAUGUCAGGAGCUUACGGAAAUCCCGACAUCUCUUUUAUUGUUCAAAGCAGCUCUUCCCAGCACUGUUGUCAUGGGACACGAAAGUUACCAUGUCACUGCGGCGGUCGGAAGCUAACAUCUUGCUCGCAGCACUGUCCUGUGUCUCUGUCACGUCCCUGUCUUUUUGAAUUGCGCUAAAGGCUUUGCCAUUAUGGGGAAAGUAUGUUGGACAUAUUGGUAUGAAACUAUGGUAACAGGACCAAGAAUGGCCGAAGAAUGAACGAAGUUCCUGGAUGUUCUUUUGGCACGGGUCUCCUCAUGAUGGCACCCAUUUUCUUUUCACAUGGGCUUUCCCGGUCUAUUCGAUGCCCCAGGUAGUUCACUCCUUCACCAAAAACACAUUCCCGGAGUUUGCUGGCCACCAAAUAUCUUCCAGAAACACUUGUGUAAGCCUGGCACGUCCUUGUGCUUUGUCCCCAUUUUCCUUUUAAGUGCAGGAGCCGACACUGUGCCAUAUAGCAAACGGUUGUACGAAAAUGGAAAAUGGUUCUUUUGCACUACUGCCUUCUUUUACUAUUCAUCCAGGGGCAAAUGACAAUAUGCCUCCCUUAAAGGGCCCCUGAAACAGUUUGGACAAAUUUUGUAGACGCAAAGGGUACAGAAUGAAUGUGUGGUUUUUAUUGGCGCAAGGGCCAGGUAUGGCCAAAGAGCGCCACACAAAGGGUACAGCUAAAGUUAAUCAUUUGCACCACAAUUUAUGUGAAAGGUCUCAUAUUAAGAGAGCUAUGGACGAUUGCAAGUUACCCUCCUCCAUAGUCACGCAUUUUCUCCUCAACUCGUUUGCCGAGUGAUCAGGGUUAAGCUCCGCCUUCACUGGUUCUGCGUCAUGAUGGCACGUCAUGUCGUUGACUUCCGGUUCUCUAGGAGCGAGCACACGAAGCUUCUCCAAGCUCUCCCCGCCAGCUGCUUGGCAGUUGACCCCCAGUGAGAGCUAUCGAAGCAGCGUGCGUUGUGAGCAUUCUGUUGCAGCGCCGAACGUGUCUGGUAUUCUGGUAACCACAGACGAGCUGGGCAUUUCGACGGAACAGUGGAGGCAUAAACUCAAACCGAUGAAGGAACUUUAGCAUAGACAUACGUGAGCGGCCUGAUCGGUCAGCACGGUCCAGCCACCAGUUGGCGCAGAGCUUAACCAGCCAAACAAAGUGCUAAUAUUGCUCUAACCAAGUGUAAAACAUUUUAAACAUUCACAAAAAGAAUGUGUUAAUGAUUACACUCCUGCGAAAAAUUUACACCAGCAGCAAAGAAGAACACAUUUCGUUACUGCUACUGUGUGUGGUUGAGCUCUGUGCCACCAGGUGGCUGCACCGUGCAGACCAUUCACACUUGCGCUUCGGUUCAUCCCGAAAAACGACCCAGUCAAACAGCCAGGCCAUGUCCCCUUGCGUUUGCGUUUACCCUAAUACCAAACUCGCGAAACGCUAUUGCGUUACUAAUCUUCUGUUGUAAAGUGACGGCCGCAAACGCGCAAAUCCUGGCGCCGUUCGGAUAGUGGCAGUCCGAUGUGCUGCAGCCAGUCCGCUCGUCUGCUACCUUGCAGAGGGACACAAUGUCGCAGCUUGACAUAUUACCAGUCGCUACAUUUGCAGUCCACAGCGCAGCAAAGUCUAAUCAUAGUGCUCGCGAAAAGACAGAGACUGACUCUGACCGCGGAGCUCUCGUCAAAAUGGAGCACGUUGUAACACAAGCAGACAACGCUUGCUGUGUGCCAGAAGUGCUUAAGUGUAGUGAGAAAUUGUUCUUGUGGAUUCUCUUUCUGUUACUUUCUUUUUAUAGAAACAAAUUAACUAACAUUCCAACUAUUGUGAACAUCAUUUGUUCACCAUAAACGUGGAAAAAUUAUCAAUGACGCACCCUGGACAGCCAAUUGGAUAGCUCGCUCUACUGACGUCAUUUGGGUGAUUUACGUCAUAUGGGUAGGGGCGGCUGCAGAUUCCGCCGAGCAGUGUGCUGCGAUCGGCAGCGAUGUACAUUUUUAAAACAUGAUAAUAAAUUACAUGCUUUAUGCGAAGCACUUA